AUGAAGAAUAUAAUAAUAGCGGUAAUGAUUCAGAAGAAGAUUCGGAUAAAGAACCACCUGAAGUAUCUAUACAAGAAGCAUAUAAUGCUCUAAAAACUUGGUUAUCUUUUUUUAAACAGCAACGGUCUUCAGAUUUUGAUAUGAAAGAUACAAAAAUUUUAAAAAAAUAUAGUAAAAUUAUGAGUAAAAUGUUGUUAGAUUCAAAAAAACAAA